UAUUUUUAUUCAGCUGUCAAAAAGUCAAAGCAAAGCGGUUGAAUCGUUUCGGCACAACAAAAAGUAUAGUUUCCAGAUAUUGUAAUACAAAUUACAACUUUUAUAAUACAAAAUGAGCCGAGAAGUAUUAUCUCCACCAUUACAACAAAUGGGACCCAAUCGUUGUUAUCGCGUUAAUUUGGUGCACGAAGACUUUGGAGGCAACAAAACACAACAACAGGCAACUAAAGAAUAUGUGGAAAAUGAUUUAUACACGCAAAGCGAUGAAGAUGAGGAUGAACAGGAUUUUCCUAUAGAGGAACUACCUGAUUCAACUUUUAAAUUAGAAUGUCAUGUACACAGUGAAUUCUACGGAGGUAUAAUCGGUUUUAAGGGCAACACUAAACGUCGUCUUGAAUCUGAAACUCAAACUGAAAUUAUUGUGCCACGACAACGCAAUGUUGGAAAACAAUCUAACAAUUUAAUUAUUAAAGGAAAAUCAAGAUCCAAUAUUCUUUCUGCACACCGUAAAAUUAAAGCAAUUUUAAUUUCAUUGCGUAAACGUAUGCCCAAAACUCAUUUUGUGGGUGUUGAUCUACACAAAACUGAGAUCAGGGAGAAGUUCAUCGACUUUAGAACGCAAAUUUUGGAAAAAUCUUAUCCUGGUAUUGACGAACACCUCUUUAUGCCAGAUAAUCGCUUACAUCUGACUCUACAAACUUGUGUGUUGUUAGAUGAAACUGAACGUACAGAAGCAGUUAAAGUACUGCAAAAUUGCAGUAAAUAUCUUGAAGGCAUCACUACACCAUUCGAUGUAAAAGUAACUGGUCUAGAAAUUAUGAAUGAUGAUCCAAGUGCUGUACGUGUACUCUAUGGAACGGUUGAUGCUCCCGAAUUGCAAAAGUUUGGAGAUUUAUGUUUAGCUGCUUUUAUUAAAACUGAUUUGUCUUUCAAGGAGUUCGAUCGGGAUAAUAUUAAAUUACAUAUGACAGUUAUGAAUUCUCGUUAUAGAAAAAAGAUCAUUGAAAAUGCACCAGAUACAUUUGAUGCACGAGAAAUUCUUAAGCAAUUCGGGAGUUUCAAUUUUGGCACAACAAAAUGCAAUGAGAUCAGUUUAUGUGUUAUGGGAACGGGUAGCUUGGAGAAUGUUUUUUAUAAAAAAACUAGUACACUUAACUUUUAAGACCUGAAUCUAAAAUAAUUUUGUAAAUUUGUAAUAUUUAAAUAAUAGAAUAUAAUUCCAUUACAUUUUAAUAAC